CGAGGAGUGGACGUCCGAACGAUGGCGAGUGGUCGUGGCGUGAUCGACGGCCCCGAGUCAAGCACCUGCGGGUCGGUCUGGGAGGUCGGCGCGGCCGUCGCAGCGGCCGCAGAUCGGGGCAGGGUGCUUGGCAAGGAGCGGCAUGCCGCUGCUCAGCGCCCCAUCGUUCUGCGAUGUAGGCGUGGCUCGCAGUUCACCCUGCAGCGACAGGAAGCUGCCGUUGUGUGUCCGGCAUGGGCAGUCCUGCUGUCUUGGGCUGCGGGCCGAUCCAGGUGGGGCCGUACGUCCUGAAGCGGUUCCUCCACUAUCUGAACGAGUGCGACGCGGACGACGGCCAGGGGGAGUGCGACGUGCGGAUGGGCCUGCUUUGGAUCGGGCUGCUGAUCGGCAGCAACCUGUUGCAGACCGCCAUCCUGCACCAGUACUUCCACCGGGCGUUCCGCACGGGCAUGCGCCUCAACUGCGCGUCCAUCUCUCUCAUCUACGCCAAGUCCCUGCGCAUCGCGGGGCCCGGCCGGGGCGAGGGCAACGCCAGCCAGGGUCAGCAGCAGGGACAGCAGCGCACGUCUGGGGAGAUCGUGAACCUCAUGUCGGUGGACAGCCAGCGGCUCCAGGACACGAUGACGUACCUGCACACGCUGUGGAGCGGCCCGUACCAGAUCACCAUCACGCUGGUCUUCCUGGCCUACGUCGUGCACUGGGCUACGCUGGCCGGCCUCGCCGUGAUGCUGCUGCAGAUCCCGGUCGUCACGCUGAUCUCGCGCCCAUCAAGCUGGCCCAGAAGAAGCUCAUGAAGAUCAAGGACGAGCGCAUCAAGGUCACGAAUGAGCUCUUCGGGUCCAUAAAGCUGCUGAAGAUGUAUGGCUGGGAGGAGUCUUUUGGAGUCAAGCUGGACAGCAUCCGGGAGGCCGAGCUGAAGCAGCUGCGCAAGUACCAGAUCCUCAAUAUAGUCAGCAGUGCCAUCUGGAGCACGGCUCCCAUUCUGACCGGAGUGGCGACCUUCGGAGUCUACACGGCGCUCUACGGCGAUCUAAACGCUGCGACCGCCUUCACGGCGUUGUCACUGUUCAACGUGCUGCGCUUCCCCCUCACGAUGUUUCCGAACAUGGUAACGUCGGCAGUAGAGGCCACGAUCGCGCUGCAGCGCAUCACGGACUUCCUGUGCUCCCCGGAAAUCGGCGGCCGGGCGGCCCCGCCAGAGAUCCAGUGGCAGCCGCAGGAGGGCGGCCAGGGCCCAGUGGCGGUGCGCAUCUCGCAGGUAAGCCUGGCGUGGCCCGGGGGCGUUCCCCUCCUGAGCGACCUGAGCCUCGUGGUGCCCGCGCCCCUCCCCACGGGCGAGCGGGCCCACCUCACCGUGGUCCUGGGCGCCGUCGGCACGGGGAAGUCCGGGCUGCUGCAGGCCCUCAUCGGCGACCUCGGCCCGCAGUCCGGGACCGUGGCCGUGGUCGGGUCGAUCGCCUACGCCUCGCAGGUCUCCUGGAUCCGCAACACGUCGGUCAAGGACAACAUCCUGUUCAACAGCCCGUUCAGUGAGGAACGCUACAGGGCGGUGCUCGAGGGCUGCGCCCUGCUCCCCGACCUGGAGGCCCUCCCCAACGGCGAGGACACCGAGAUCGGGGAGAAGGGCGUCAACCUGUCGGGCGGGCAGAAGCAGCGCGUCUCGCUGGCGCGCGCGCUGUACGCCGCGCCCCAUCUGCUGCUCCUCGACGACCCGCUGAGCGCAGUGGACGCCGAGGUCGCCCAGAAGCUCUUGCGCACGCUGCGCGGGCCGCUGGUGCGGGGCUCCUCCAUCGUCCUCUGCACGAACUACGUCGGCGCCGUCGCCCACGCCGACCAGGUCCUGCUGCUCGAGCGCCCCGACCCCGCGCGGGGCAGCGUGGCCGCCUUCUGCGGCCCGCCGGCGGAGUUCCGGCAGAGGUACCCUGACGUGUCAGGGGCGCACGACGGCCUGCAGCGCCAGCUGUCUGGGGCGCCCUGCGAGCUGGUGGAGGGCGACGGCGGGGAGAAGAAGAAGGACUCCGGCCGGCUGGUGGAGCGGGAGGCGGAGCGGGUGGGGUCGGUGCCAUGGGGCGUGUACAGGGCGUACCUCGGCGCGGGGGGCGGCCUCUGCUUGACCGCCGCGGUCAUCCUCGGGAUGAUCCUCGGGCAGGGCGUGCAGACCUGUGCGGACAGCUGGGUCUCGUUCUGGUCCGACCACAGCAGGGGGGACGCCCAGCCGCAUGUGUCGAGUGAGGCCGGGCUGCUGGGCUACGUGGUCCUGAGCUUCACCGCCUUCUUCGGGAUUUUCGCGACCAGUUCGCUCUUCAGGCUCACGGCGCUGAACGCCGCGCGGUCCUUCCACCGCCAGCUGCUGGAGAAGAUGCUGCAGUUGCCCAUGUCCUUCUACGACACGACGCCCCUGGGGCGCGUCCUCAACCGCUUCUCCAAGGACGUGUACACUGUCGACGAGCAGCUUCAAGGCGUCCUCUACAUGUACAUGACAACGCUCGCGCGGGUCACCGCUACUGUGGUGGUGAUAGCUGUGGCAACGCCCUGGUUCAUUGCGGUAGUCGUGCCGCUGUUGUGCCUCUACCGUGCGGUGCAGAAUUACUACGUGCCGUCGUCCAGGCAGCUCAAGCGCAUCGAGUCCACACUGCGCUCCCCCAUCUUCUCCCACUUCACCGAGAGUCUGGAGGGCGUCUCUUCUAUCCGGGCCUUUGGCCAGCAGGCCCAGUUCCUCGAAGAGAACGCCGAGCGCCUGCGGCGCCAGAUGCGGGCCUACUACAACAACGUGUCCUCCAACAGGUGGCUGGCCGUCCGCCUGGAGACGCUCGGGACCACCAUCGUCGGCGCCGCCGGGCUGCUUGCGGUGGAGAGCCGCCACACCAUCAGCGCCGGCCUCGCCGGGCUGUCCAUCUCGUAUGGGCUGUCCGUCACGCAGUCCCUGAACUGGGUCGUGCGCAUGACCUCCGACCGUGAGACGGCGAUCGUCUCCGUGGAGCGCAUCCGGGAGUACAUCCUCCUCAGCCCCGAGCCGCCGCGCCGGUGCCCACGCACGGACCCACCGCCCGGGGCGUGGCCCACCGCCGGUGCCAUCGAGUUCCAGGACCUCAAGCUUCGGUACCGGCCCAGCCUGCCGCUGGUGUUGCAGGGCUUCUCGCUGCGCGUGGGGGCCCGGGAGAAGCUGGGCAUCUGCGGCAGGACCGGCGCCGGGAAGUCCUCCAUCCUCAACGUGCUGCUGCGCCUGGUGGAGCCCGAGGAGGGCCGGACCAUGAUCGACGGCGUAGACAUCGCCACGCUGGGCCUGCACCGGCUCCGCCUCAGCAUCACCAUCAUCCCGCAGGACCCCGUCCUCUUCACGGGGGCGCUCCGCUUCAACCUGGACCCCCUCGGCCAGCACAGCGACGGCGCGCUCUGGACGGCCCUGCGGCGGUCGCAUCUGGAGGCGCACGUGCAGACGCUGGGCGGGGAGGCGCAGGGCAGCGGCGUCCCGCGGGACGAGGCGGCCUGCCUGAGCUCGCUCGUCGCGGAGCAGGGUGCCAACUUCUCGCUGGGCCAGAGGCAGCAGAUGUGCCUCGCGCGCGCUCUGCUCUGCUCGAACAAGAUCCUGCUGCUCGACGAGGCCACCUCCGCGGUGGACCAGGAGACCGACCGGCGGAUCCAGGACACCAUCCGCGAGGAGUUCGCGGAGCACACGGUGCUGUGCAUCGGCGAGACCGGCCUGCCGGGAGACCUGCUGGAGGAGUCCGUGGCCCUCCAGCUGUCCCUGCGGGGGGUCGACCUCGGCCGGCUUGGGGCCGCCACGGGGCCCGAGGUCCUCGCCGAGCUCAAGGCGGAGUACGACAAGGAGAUGGAGGAGGCGCUGCGCGUCGCGGAGGAGGCCCAGAAGGAGGAGGACCGCUUGAGGCUGGACGCGAUCGCCGCCGACUUGCGGGCGGCGAUCGCGAUGGCCAGCGAGGCUAGGACGCCUUCUUCUCGGAGCUGCAGAGGCGCGAGGCGGAGCAGCAAGGGCGUCCAGCAGCCGACGACGGGCAUCCAGCCGACGACUGGCGUCCAGCAGCAGCCGACGGGCAUCCAGCAGCAGCCGACGGGCGCCCAGCAGCCGACGACGGGCAUCCAGCAACCGCCGACGACGGGCAUCCAGCACCAGCCGACGGAGGGCGCCCAGCAGCCGACGGGCGUCCAGCAGCAGCCGACGAUGGGCAUCCAGCAACAGCCGACGGGCGUCCAGCAGCAGCCGACGGAGGGCGUCCAGCAACAGCCGACGACGGGCGACCAGCAGCAGCCGACGGGGGUCCAGCAACCGACGGGCGACCAGCAGCAACCGACGGGCGUCCAGCAGCCGACAGGUGCCUCGCAGACCGCGGGCUCCGUGGGGAUGCUGGGCGUGGCCGGUCAUCCCUGCCCGUGGCAGGGGCAGUCGGGCUUGCAGCAGCUCGGCGGCGCGCAGAACCUGUUCGCCAUCCCUCACGAGUGGCAGCAGGCGGGCCUCUUCCGCAACACCAGCCGCGACGUGCCAGGCGAUGAGCCUGCAGAUUCAUUCUCGCAGGAUGACCAGGCGAGGCUGGCGGGCACCUUGACGAAAGAUGAGCUGGUCAAUCAGCUGUCCCAGGGUAUGAUCAUGCUCGAGCAGGAAAACCCGAAUGAGGAGAUCGACGCCGUCGAGCAGAAGUUUUCCAACUUCUACCAGGGCAACCUGAUGUGCCAGCUACGCCAACACCGACCCGACGCUAUGCCAGAGGACAACAGCGAGGUCGCGACGACGGAGGAGGAGUUGAUGUGGAGGCACUUGCAGUCCAAGGGUUUCCUAUUCGGAACCGCGAAGGGAGCUGGCAACCCGAUAGCGGGUCGCUGGCAGCGGGCGCUGGACAGGGACCCCGAGCUCCACGCGGCUUACAUCAGGGAGGCUGGCUACACGAACAAAGCUGCCUUCCGCCAGAGGUGGGCCGAGGGAGAGUUCAAGAAGUGGGAGAGGAUGCACGAGAUGAAGAUUGCCACGACGAACUCGAAGAAGGAGAAAUUGAAAGGCGAACACCUCUCCCUUGGCCGCAUUGCCUGGAAAUUCGGCGGGGGGGGGACUGGGAAGAAGCUCGCGAUCCGUUACUGCACGAAGGCAGUGAUGAUGGGGGGGAAGUGGACGAAGUGGUGCAAGAUGACAUCGUCCCUCCUCAUUCUCUUCGUGACCCACGAGCUGUCCGACAAGUACGAGAAGGCCUGGCAUGAGUUCGAGACUUGGACGAGGCAGCCGUCGCAGACGCCUGGCGCCUUGUCGAAUAUCAGCUCGGGCGCUGCUGCCGCGGCUGGUGGGGUCGUGCCCGGCGGCGCGGGCCCGAGCGCCGCAGCCGCGGCCACCGCCGCGGGCGCGGCCGCCGCAGCCACGCCCGUCGCCCAGACCCCGCCCCCGCAGGAGAUGAGCCCAUUGGGAGCCACUCCCCCGCCAGUGACGCCCCCUCAUGAGCCGCAGGCUGCUGCCCAGGGCCAGCGCGGCAAGAAGCGCACCGCGGCCAACAUCGGCAGCGGCGGUGGUGGCGACGGCGGCGGCAGCGGCUGCCGCUCCGAGCAGAAGAGGACCAAGGCGCCCCAGUGGAAGCUGGACUACGCCAAGGUCAAGACGAUGUACUCGGGUGUGAUGUCGCAGGUGAGCCUCCUCGACAACCUUAUCGAAAACGACUCUCGCUGGGCCUGGGCCAGCUCAGAGGGGAUCCGCGGGGCGAUGGACGUGGCCACCGCCGAGGAUGACGAGGAGCUCGAGCAGAAGAUCGUGGAGGUCCUGCAGCGCCACAUCGAUGACACGGACGCGCUGGAGUACUCGGAGGACAUGGGCGAUUCCGCGGACACCGACCUCUACGGCGAGAAGGUGCUCAGAGCCUUGGCCUCCGCGAAUGAGAAGCAGUGGAAGCUCGCCAGCCAGGCAGUCUACCGCGUGUCCUUGGCCGAGGGGUCCGCGUCCUUGGUCCCCGACUACGCCGAGAAGCCCGAAGACGACCCGUCCAUGGAUGGCAGCGCCGAGGUCACGGUGAAGUGGAAGGACGGGCACGCGAAGCAGAUCCCUGGGCUGACGUUCGCGAAGCUCCGCACUUGGUACGCGUCGGCCAAAGGCGGUGGCAAAGGCAAGGGCAAGGGCAAGGGCAGGGACAGCUCCGAUAACAAGCUCAUGGAGGCUAAGCACACGAGCACUGGCAUGCUGGUGCAGCUGGCGAGGUACUCGAGGCUUGGGAAGAAAUUCUUCGCCAUCUGGGAAGAGGUUUCCUACGCGAAGAGGCCGAAGAUGGUCAUGCAGAUGGCCGAGAUUGAAGACUGCGACGGUCAGAUCGCCUUCCUGAAGGAGCAGACGAGCCAGCACGUGCAAGGCAAGACCGAGAAGGACAAGAUGGAGGUGGCCAAGAAGGAGUUCGCCGACAAGAAUGCGAAGGACGAGAGGGCUGCUGCUGCGCUGAUGAGGAGGCCAGCCGCGGCGCAGGGCGCCAAGCAGACGAAGGCACCCGCAAAGGACAAGGCGCGCGAGGAGAAGGACAAGGCCCGCGGCGGCGGCGCCUACCUCGAGGACGCCAUCGCCAAAGAAGCCGAGCCGCAGUCUCCGUCGGAGACCAAGUCGCUGGUCGAGCCAGUGUCGGGCGACAAGGUCAGCCAGCCAUUGGUGCCAGCGGUGACUGGGGUAGGGGUCAAACCGACGAAUCCGAUGCCGACAGCGGCGACCGCGCCGCCGACCGAGAAGAAGCAUGAGCAGGGUGGCGACUCGACGGAGAUCCCCCUUGGCCUGUUUGACAUGUUCUGA